AAUAAUCUAUGUAAUCCAAUCCCCCACACACCGCUUCAUUUCAAUUAUAAAAAUCGUCUUCAUCUCUAUUUCAUUUACACACAAACACAAAAACAAAGAAACAAAAAGAAAAACGUUACUCUUUUUGAUCAACCAUGUCUUCUAUUCAAGUUGAUCAAAAUGAAGUUGUUGUUGAUGAUAAUGACACGAUGACAAAUUUAGUUAAAAAAGACGAUGAAAUUUAUUCCAAGUCGUCUUCAAUUGGUGUGCUGAGUCAUGGAGAUAGUGGUGAUGAUGAAGAUGGCGAAGAAGCACAAAGCAAGGGUCUUGUUGAGGAAGGAUCCCUCAAUUCUUUGGCUGCAUUGGAAGCUGCGCUUCCUUUUAAACGUGGAUUAUCAGGAUUUUAUGAAGGAAAAUCAAAGACAUUCAUGAAUUUGGGUGAUGUGAAAGAUAUAGAAGAUGUUGAAAAGGAAGAAAGCCCUUUGAACAAAAGGAGACGUUUAACUAUGGCAACUACCUUGUAUAAAUGGGGUAGUAGUAGCUCAAGUUCAAUGCCUCUUUUGACACCUACUGAUGGUGAAAACACACACAAUGUUGAGGUUGAACAAGAGUUCAAAUCAUCCACUAGCAGCACUAGCUUUAAUUCUGUUGAUUCCACCACCACCACUACCAAGCCAUCCAUCAACUAAUCGGUCAAAUCAGAUGAUCAUCUUCUGUGCACCUCAAUAUGUCUAGUUUCAAUAGUCAUGCGUUUUUUGUGUGACACUAAAGUUUUUUUAAUAUUUGUCUUUUCCUUUGGGUUGUGAUGACGUUUUUUAGUUCCUAUGGUUUUUCUUUUAUGUCUUUAUUCUCUCUUUUUAUGUAAGUGGAUAUGCCCAAUUACUAGGGGUAUUGAUCUGAGCUUUUCUUUGUUAA